CCGCUGCGACCAGACAUGGCCAGCAGACGUGGCGUCUCCAAGCGCCCCGCGUCCUCCGAAGAGCUCGAGUGCUGGCAGCAGGCGUCCGCCUCGCUCAACAAGCUGUCCGAGAUGCUCUCCGAGCACGAGCGCGACGACACCAUCAACCGGGUGCACCGGCUGCUCUCCGGCUGGCCCACGGAUGAUACGCUGCCCUCGGAGGGCAUCGAACACGUCAGGAGUCUGUACAAGAAACUGAACUCGAGCCUCAACGAGGUCAAGAUGACCGCCGAGAAGGACGCAGAGGCGGUAGACGAUGUCCUCGAACGGCUCUCGGUCCUGAUCGCGCUGCGCAAGGCGUCGGAAGCGAUACCGCCCGAGAAGCGCAACAAACGACCUAGAGGGCCGUCGCCAUCUGCGCCCACCGUGCCUCCUCCGCCGCCUCCUAAUCCGCCAGCGCGGUCCAUGUCGAUCACCCUCCCGCCGCGCGGCUCUGUUGGGCCGCAGUCGACAAUACCCUUCUCGCGCGAGCCCAAAGCGCGAAGAGAGGCGUUGGCGAAACAGCUGCCAUUGCAGGAGGGGCGGAAAGUCGCUUUCCACCCGCCGACAAAUACCAGCAAAGCGGACAGCACCGCGAGCGGCAAGGACGAGGAGUGGAUACUCGCGGUCGUCACAAAGUGCAUCAACCAGGACAAGAACCGGUAUGAGGUGCAGGAUCCUGAGCCUCUCGAGGACGGUACCCCGGGACAGCGGUACAACACGACGUUGCGCGCAAUCAUUCCUCUUCCAGACUUGAAUGCACCACCAGACAGCGCGAUGCAUCUAAACGCGUACCCCGAGUUCCCGGCCGGCUCCACCGUCAUGGCGCUCUAUCCAGAUACGAGCUGCUUCUACCGGGCGGAGGUGAUAGGGAGUCCACGGGACCUCAAUGCGCAGGGGCGGGGCGGGGUGGCGAAACAGGCCGUCCCGUUUUACAAGCUCAAGUUCGAGGACGACGACGACCAGGAGCACAUGGUGCAGGCGCAUUCCGUGGUCGAGUGGCCUGGCCGGGACUGAUGUGCUGAUAUGGACAUUUGAGUUUUGGGUUCGGUGCGCCGGGGUUCUCUGCCCGGAUCGUCGCUGUGUUUCUGUCCGCGUAUGUAUCUAUGUCUGUAGUAUUAGUGUACGCCUCCACAUAUUCUAGCUGUCGCCGCCCUAUUUACGCAAGCUUUAUGAACAGUUCUAAU